UGCAGCAUACUUCAUCAAUGUCGGCUGUCAUAUUACUGUCAAAAACAACAAAAAUUUUUCUAUAAUUUGAGCGUGUUUCAUCUGUGAUUUGUGAAAAAAUAUCAUUCUUAAAUCGAAAUAUAUCAUUUUCCUGCUUCCUGAAGAUAAAUUGAGAUAAAUAAUGGGAAAGAAGAAGCGUGAGAAUGUUUCCUCGGACUCUGAUGAAGAGAAUGAAUACCAAGUUGAGUCCAUCCGGGAACGAAGAAUGAAGAAAGGACGGGUUGAGUACUACAUCAAGUGGGAGGGAUAUCCAGAGGAGGAAAAUACAUGGGAACCCAUUGAUAAUCUCGACUGUCCGGAAUUAAUAGCAGAAUUUGAAGCUGCACGGGCUUCGUCAUCGAAAGACGAAGGAAAAGAGAAGGGAGAGAAAGAAACGAAAGAAUCUGCACAAAAGACGAAACAUCGUAAGUCCAGCAAGCGUAAGGCUGACGACGAUGAUUCCGAUGAUGAAGGUUCAAAGAAGAGCAAGAGAGUCAUUAGUUCUGAUGAAAGUGAUAAGGAGGAAGAGAAAGAACCCAAGAAGUCAUCAGAAAAGAGUAAAACAAAGAAGAGUUCCAAGACCACCAACGAUGAUAAUCAUCACAGGUCCAAGAAUGGAGACACAAAAGACCUCGUUCCGGAAACUAUCCUUGGUGCCACAGACAUUAAUGGACCUCUUAUGUUUCUCGUGAAAUGGAAGGGCACUGAGAAAGCAGAACUGAUUCCUGCCAAGGAAGCGAAUCUUAAAUUCCCACAGGAAGUCAUUGCUUUUUAUGAGCAGCGAUUGAUCUGGCACAGUGUUAAAGAUAAGAAUAACGAGUAACUCUCUUAAAAGUUUCGUUUUAAAAUACCACUUCUUUUGGAAUAAAAUUAUUGAAAAAAAGAGAAGAAAUGAAGACCAUUUGAACAAAAAAUGUUUUGUUAAUUAUAUAACUUCUUGACGAUAUUGAAAAAAAAAUAAUCCAUUAGAAUUUUGUGGUUAAUAACAUUUCUUAUAUCAUUUCCAACAAAGUGUGGUUCUGAGAAAUUAAAAACUAAACUGAAAAAUCAAUGAGAAACUUUUUUUAAUUGAUUAAAAGAAAACUCAUACAUAUGGUUAGAUUUUUACCAAUGCAGAUUCUGUUCACUUUUGGUUACAUAUUAGUAAAAUUGUAAAAGGCUUAAAAAAAAAUAAGAAAACGUCAUACAUGUUCUAAAAUUGUAGCCCUACUCCUGCAUUGUAAAAGAUCACCAAUACAUACAUAGUCAAAACCCUGAACUUAUCGACUAGGUAUAAAAAGAUUUAAAAAAUAUUUUAAAAUAAAUAUAUUAGAUCUCUUUUUUUUAUUUCUCAUGGUACUCAUGAAGAACCACAAAACUCAUUGUCAGAAUUCUUAAAUAAAGUAUAAGCGCGGAAAGGAGAUGAUACGAUUAAUUAUGACAAAUUUUAGGAGAUAUAUGGUAUUUUUUGAUUUAAGAAUAUGUUUUUGGUAUUAAAAAAUUAACUUUUCAAUUAAAAAA